CCUCCCUUCCUUCCCAAAGGAGGACAUUCUAACAAACUGCUGCCAACGACGGUGGCGUAACCUGCAGGCCAAUCAUCAAAACAAGAAGAAGGGUCUUGCAGACGGCAAACUCUCGACAUUCCUUUGUUUUGUUUACGAUGCAUCAGACUCACUUUUAGGUUACUUUCCUAGGCUAUUAUCAUGUCAAUUGUAGACAAUCGUUCAAAAUCCAGGAAGUUUUGCUCAGUGUUUGGUUGUCGAAGCAGAGGUGGUGGCAUGUUUAAGUUUCCAAGUGAUCCCAAAUUGCAAAAUGAGUGGAGGAAUGUUUGUAAACUCAUUAGGACGGUAUCAUCCACAAUGUACGUAUGUCGUCGUCAUUUCGCCUCCUCUGAUUUGUACCAAACAACUAUGGGUUUAACUCGUGUGCGUAGAGGUGCCAAACCAUCUCUGCAUUUGCCUACUUCAAGUCCUGUGAAAUUGAAAGCUAAACAGUUGUGUGUUGUGUAUGGAUGUGAAACUAAUAGAGAUGAGACAAUGGAUGGAACGUUUCACUCCUUCCCCCGUGAUGCUGGUCGAAGAACAUAUUGGCAGUUGGUCUGCAGAUUGAUGCGAACUACUCGUAACACAAGAAUUUGUAAUCGACAUUUCCGUGAUUCAGACUUCUCUUUGAAUGGCUGUAGCAAGAUUCUAAAACGAUCAGCACGGCCUUGUCUGCAACUGCCAGACUGCAGUAAUGCAAUAACUAUAGAUCGUACUGAAGAUAUUUUGAAUGCUUUACUUCCUACUAAUUGUCAAGAAUCCAUGUGUACAAUUCAUAGUGCUUAUUCUUCCUGUGAGACCCAGCUGCUUACUGACCAAAAGUUAUUUAAAGAGAAUUAUUGUGAACAAAUGUUUAGUGUUAAUCAGAUUUUCCAAUGCUCUGCAGCUGCCAACAAUGCUGAUGAUUCACUUGAAUGUGAAAUGCCUUUCAGUUGCAUUGAAACUAAGAUGUCUAUGGCUCAAACAGAAUGUUCAAUUUUAUUAAAGUUAAAUGUAAAUUCUCAGCUAUCAUCUCUCAUUGGAGUUUCUCUUUCUUUACUUGAGUCCUUAUCAAUAAUUUCUUUAGAUUUACUAAUGGAUUCAAACUGUUCUUUUCUCUCUAUGAAAAUGAGAAUUUCAAUUACUCUUUGCAAACUGAAAUUGAAUUCCAGUUUUACUUAUUUGAGUAGUCUGUUUGGAGUUGAUUCCUCAGAAUGUAUAAAAUACUUUGUACAAACUCUACCUUUGCUAGCCAAAGUUUUGAAAUGUUCUCUUUAUUGGACAACCAAGGAUGAAGUUAGAGAUAACAUGUCAAAAUAUUUUGUGGAAUAUCAUGAUCUGAGACUUGUCCUUGAUUGCAUAGAGCUCUCAUUCUCAUCUGAGUGCAUAGACUGCACUUCUCAUUUGCACUGUUUUACUCAAUGCAAGGGCAUGGUUAAAACAUUAAUUGGUAUUGCUCCAUGUGGACUCAUAUCUUUUGUCAGCCAGACCCAUGCUAGUCAGAUUUCAUAUUCUCAAAUAUUUAAGAGCAGUGAACUUUUUUCUAAAAAUCUUAUUGAUCCUUAUAAUGAUGCUAUAAUAGUUAACAAUGCUCUUGGCAUUCAUGAUCUCUGUAGUGAAAUGGCUUUUAGAGUUCUUUGCCCUUCUUCAUUUAACUUUAAUUUUGACAGCAAUGUUACAGAAGCAAAUGUGACGUCAAAUGUAAGCUUUGAUGCCUUUGUUAGAGAUGUUAAGGAAAGACUUUCAGUGUUUCAAAUUCUCAAGAUGAAAUUGCUUCCUUGUUUAAUCCCCUUUGCUAAUGAUAUAAUCAUUGUUGUCACAGGUAUUGUGAAUCUCACAUCACCUCGGAAAUGAGUAGCUUUAUUUAAGCUUGCAAACUCAAGGUACAAAGAUUUGUCAAAAUAACAUCAAAGUUAAAUAAAUCAUUGUCAAAAUUUAGUCAAAUUUAUGUCAACUGAUCUGAGAAUGACAUAAUUUCAGAUAGUUAAGAUAGCUAAAUUUUGAUGUCAGUUUCACCAAUCUCCAUCCCUUGGGAAGGUUUGCAAGCCAAAAAGUCUGAAUAAGUCUCACAUAAGGCAGAUGUCAAUUGAUGUUUUCGUCUGUUUGUCUGUCUGUCUGUCUGUCUAGAAAGCUUGGUGCAAGAUGUACAUUUUCUGAAUGAAAAAGAAAAUGGUCCUACAAGCAAGAAAAAUGAUGUAUAAACGAACACAUCUAGCCACUUUGUGUUUGUCGUGAAUGAUAUAGUGUACUUCGACUAACGGAACAUAAAGGUUCGUGAUUGGUCGAUCCUUUACCCCCACUACCGGCUUGACGUAGAGGCGGGAAUCUCUCAACCAAUCGUGAACGUUAAUGUUCUAGCCGCUCUUCAUCCUCCGUUAGCUGAAAUACACUAUUGCAAAUUAGUAGUAUUUGCAAUAAAAAUAAGUUACUCAACUUGUAGAUUUCUCUUAUUAUUAUGGAUCUGAAAUAAGC